AACCGGAAGUGGCGCAGAGUGGGCGUGUCUCAGCUAGCCGUGGGGAACGCCCUGGAUGCGGCUUUCGGACACGCUGAGUGCCAACAGGCCCGCUGAUCGCUCGUUGUUUCUUCACCUCGUCACGGCUCGUGUGGACUUGUAGCCAUGGCUCACCGCUCUCUGUGCGCUCUGUGUGUGCUGCUGCCGCUGCUGCUGCCGCUCCAAGUUCUGCCUCAGGACUUCAACCUGGAGGAUGCUCUGGGUGAUGAAGACAAUAAACCACUGACACCAGCACCUACAAAAAAGCAAACAGCACCAUCAGGAGGAGGAGGCGGAGACCUGAAUCUGGAGGAUUUCUUUAAUGAUGUCACCACCACCACCACCAAAGCCCCACCCAAGGUUUUCCCCAGGGUCCCUGCAGGCACCAAGGCCCCAGCGAAGCCCAAACCCAAGCCAGCCAGUGAUGACUUUAACCUGGCUGAUGCCUUAGACCCCAGCAAUGACAUUAAUGGCAAGGAUAAGAACGUGGGGAAGGGAGGUCUGUUCUCUGACGACGAUUUGUUCGGUUUGAGCACAGAUGACACCUACAAGCCUGACAACAGCAACGGCAAAAGCAAAGAGAACACAGCAGAAGUGGGCACCAUCGCAGGGUUUGCAAGUGUAGUUGCCAUGGCGCUGGUGGGUGCAGUCAGCAGCUACAUUUCCUACCAGAAGAAGAAGCUGUGCUUCAGUAUUCAGCAGAGUCUGAACACUGACAUGCUUAAAGCCGAGAACCCUGAAGCGGUGGUGGCCACAGAACCACAAGUGCAGCAGACUCUGCUGGAGCCGCCCAAUGCUGAACCUCAGACUGAAGAGAACGCUGUGUAAAAAAGAGCCAAUCACCGGACUCCCCAACAAACCCUUCACAUAACCCCCCCUACACACACACACACACACACACACACACACACACACACACACACACACACACGCUGAACAGGCAGAGGUCACAGGUUGUCUCUGUGUAGCAUUAUUGCUGCAGAACCUGGAUCUGUAAUCCUGGUUUGUCAAAUCUCAUGUUUUUAAUUCUCUGUAACGCACACAGCUCACACCGUGUGGGUUUUACCCCACUAACCACUCACAAUGUUUUUUACUGUUAUUUAUUUGCCAGCAUGUACUCUGUGGUGCUUUGCUGGCACAGAUUGAAGAAUACCUGAAAUGAGAAGCUAGCUCACAGACUCAGUCAGUAUCCACUGAGCUGGUUUUGGGCACAUUUCACUUUAUUGAUGACAUUUUGGUAAACUGAUGAGUCAGUAACCUGCUGCAUGUUUUUAAAGCAGCAUAAAAGAGCAUUUGAGGAAGCUGAACUCCAAAGUUAACCAGAUUGCUGUGAAUCUCAACCAGUGACUUUUAUAUUGUUUAUAUUUUGUUUUUAUUCUUUGUAUUGUGAGUCGUAUUUAGGGAUAACAGAUCAUGAAAUUCAGUGUCCCUCGCUGAAGCCUAACUAAUCUUGUCUUGUAAAUCAAAGCUAUUGUUUUUGUUGAUGCACAAAUCUGACCUGAAAUAUUUAUUUGGUCUCUGCUCUCCACACGCCUGUGGAGGACAUUCAGCUCGUUGCACUGUUACUACUCUAACCAUGUUACUAUUAACGCAGCUUUGGCUUUAAUCUUUCUUAACCAAGUACAUUAGUGAGUGACUAAAAAAUGAAAUCCCAACACCUGUAAGUAUUACAGUGUAAAUAGCCUUAUAGAAAAACUCGUUUCUAGUUUGUUUCAACCAUUAAUGUAAAUGAUGCUGAAACAUCUGAGCGGUUAAUAAAACACCUUAUAGUCAAUGACAAGUUCAAGCCUAGAAUGGGAACUCCUCAGAUGGGAAACAGCGCCCACUCUGUGCGCCCACUCUGUGCGCCCACUCUGCACGCCCACUCUGCCAUAUUGUCUUCUUUAAGGGGGAAUAGGGAUUAUUGAUUGGAGGGUCUUUACCUUACACUAUGAAGAACUGGAAGUUGUUUCCCACGUGUAAAGCUUGUGAGAGUAAGAGGACGAGUAUUGUGCCAAAUAUGAAAAGUCAGAUAAGCAGUAAAUGCACUUGAUGUGAGUGAGGAUGGUGAAGUCUGUUCCACAUCAGUUUCAGCUUAAAACUGCGUCCCGUGAGCUGCUGCUUCUCUCUGAAUCCUAAACUCCAGCAUUUUGUUCCCGGGGAAAAAAAGCUGACAAGUCUAACAUGAGUAGUUAGUAAUACUGGUGACUGAGUUCUUGUGUUGGGUUUGUGGAGCUCUGAGGUGACUUUGACUUUACGUUUGUGAAUUUUUCUAGAAGAAACAACGUCACAUGAAAACAGGUGAAUUCAUUCAAAACAACUGUAAAGUGAGUAGUUAUAUUAGUUAAGAUUGUUGUCAAACAGUUAUCCCAUAACAAACAUAAAUAUUUAAACAGGGCUGUUUAGCCAUUAGCUUGGAGGCUAAUCCAUGUCAGGUCCAGCUUAUGGUUCCUUCUUGUGUCUCGUGGUAUAGCUCUCCUCUCGUACUCGGAAAGAUUCAGUGUAAUAUUUAUUUGCAUUUAGUUCCACAGCCCAGCUGUAUGCUACACAAGGGGUUUGCCUACUUUUCAGAUUUUUCAACAGAACAGUGGAACUUUUAGUAGAUGUGUAACCUUCAUUCAUGGUAUCCUAAUAAAACACAUUAGUUUUUCUGAAUUGUUAAAACACAUUUCCUAAAAUCUCAUCUCUUUGUGUCAAAACACAAACUGCAAAAUUCAAGCUACACUCACAAAACCUUCAACUUGCCUUGCAAAACCAAACAUUUGACCCAAAACUAUUUUAACUUUACUCAAAAUCAAGCUCUACUGUCAAAAACCACUCAAAACCAGCCAAUGUGCAAACACAACUUAGCAACGAUUACACCCUACAGACAAAAAUUCAAAUUUUGCCUCAGCAUCAAGGCUCUGUGCUGGGUCAGGCCACAGGACUUCAUCCACAUCACAUGUUAUGGUCUCCCUUGCAAGGCAACCAGGAAAGAAUCCUUUAGGAUGCCAAAUCAGCCCUGGCAAGAUUCCAGUCCUAUCUCACCACAUGCUCCAUUCAUUGCUUGAAGUAGAUUUUCCCGUGUAAGGGUUUUGGUCGUAUACUUUCCAUCUCCAUGCUUAGAAAAACUCCUCAGUAGUGUUCAAAAAGGGAGAGUAUGGUGGAAGAAACACAUUCAUAAAAUGCUGCUCAUUGUGAAACCAGUUGCAUGUUCUUGGACCACAGUGAAAGCUCACAUUGUCCUAAAUGAUAUGGGAUGCUCUGCCUACUCGCGAUCUCUCUGCUCAAGCAAAGCAUCCUGUAGACCAUCCAGGAAUGUUGCUAGAAGUUCGUUUUUGUACAGCCCAACAGUAACGUGACUGUGGAGAACCCCAUAGCUGCUGAUGGCAGCGCAGAUAGUUACGUUUCCACCACGCUGACCAGGCAGUUCAAUAGUGGCACUUUGACCUAUGAUGCGACCUCCUCUUCUCCUUUUUGCUAGAUUGAAUCCAGCUUCAUCCACAAAGACGUGUCCAUGAGGCCUAACCAUUGAGUCAAGCUCAAAGAUUCUCUGUACACAGUGACAACAAAGUAUAUUUAGUUCUGUAAAUGACACAGUAUGAUGUCUGCAUGUGCUGCAUCACAGACAGCACAUUAUACUUUCUAGUAUUGAGUUUACUGUAAAAGUUUACUUACUUGCACACAUUGACAUCGUUGCUCUUUCACUCUCUCACAGUUUCUCUCAAAUGGUCCCGAUAAACUUGUUUCAUUCUUGUCUUGUUGCGUUGCAGGACACGGUCAAUUGUUGACAGACUCACACGAUUUAUUCCCCCAAAAAGUGUGCUGUCUUCUAUAAUCUGCUGCUGCAUUUCACGCAGUCGAAUUGCUUUAUUCUGACGGACCAUAUCCACAAUAAGUGUCUCCUGGUGUUUUGAGAACAUGCGUGUUCUUCCACCCUCAUGUGGCCGUCUUUCAAUUCUAAACAAAACACCAUUUGGAUAUAAGUACACACACACUCAUGUUUUCAGGUUUUCACACGGUAACAUGGAGAAAUUAUUUUUCAUUGUCUUCUUACUGAGACAGUAAACUUUUUACCUGUUUUCUUCUCUGAAAGUCCGGGUUAUAGUAGCCACUGAGGACCUGCUGAGGUUUGGUUGCACACGUUGCCCUGCCUCCCUCACUGCCAUGCACCAGAACAUGAUCUGUGACAGUUGCUCGAAUGUCGUUUGAAAUUACAGCUCUUCUUCUUGGUCUUCGUCCUUGCCCAACACCUCUGACACGGACUCCUCUUCCUCUUCUAUUGUAUUGCUCCAUUGUUGGAUCCACUCAUGCCAUUUGCAUUUCAUAAGACUUAUAUACUGUUUAGUAAUUGGGUUCACUGAUUGGACACGUGUGUUUUCAAUUUUAAGUGGCAUGGUGUAAAUGAUGACAACAGUGUGUUAGUUGUGUUUAACUUCUGUAGCCUGUUUGCACCAUUCUGGGUACAAGUGCACCACACUGCUAAAUGUGUCUUGUGUUUGAGAAUGUGUUUAGAGUUUUGAUAAAUAGGAGAUUCAGAUUUGCAAAUGGUGUCCUAACCAGAUGAAUAGUGUUUAAGAUUUUGACAACUGUGAGAUUGAUUUGAUGAAAGUGUUUUGGUAGUUGACAGUUUACAAUGGGCUUUAGUGUUUUAGCAAUUCAGAAAAACUCUAUGAAACCUAUUUCUCUGCAGAGUUACUGAGCAAAGAUCAUAUCAAUCUGAUGGAUGUGGAAAUGAAAUUCAGCAUCCCUCUUUGAAGAAUAACUAAUUAUCUGUUGCACAUCUAAGCAACCAGUGAAACCAGUAAAUGUUUACCUUAUAUCAGUAACAGAACUUAGACGUAAAGACAAGAAGAUUGUGUAUAAAUAAAUAACCUUCAGCAUCCGCGCAGACAGAUUCCCGAGGCCAUAAUCAGUCCAGGUGACAUCGUCUCUGACAGCAUCUGUCUCGGACCUGGCCGCUGCCAUUUGGGCUGAUUUGGGGUUUUACUGAUAUUCCAAAUCUCACUACGUCCCAAACAAACUAGUUUAACUGUUGAUCCAGGAAUAACGAAGACAAACCACUGGCCGACUCCCUCAUUACUCUAUUAAAAAAGACAUUUCAGUUUCUGCUGGACUAAAAUGGGUGCGAUAGGAACAUUAGGGACCGAGUGGAAGGAGUUUGGAGCUGGCACCGCUGCACAGAACCUUCGGGUUGAGUUGGUCUGUGUUUGAAAAGGUUCAGCCGUGUCGACGAUGUUAGCAGCCGUAGUUAGUUUAAGGGUUUAGAUAGUGCCCUGAGGAAUGCUUUCUGAAACUGAGCAGUUCUGUUUGUACUAGUGUGGUAGCAUAUAUUCCUGCUCCAUUUAGACUAUAGACUUGUGUGUGUUUGCACUGUUAGCUUGCUUUUUUAUACUUUGUACUUGGACUUUUCCUAAUAACUUAACUUUUGAGGAUAGUUGAUGCUUCCUGGUGAGUGAAAGUUUUUCCAGCUUUCCAUUGAGUCUUGGAUGUUCCAAAGCAAGAAAGCUCUCAUUAACGUUCCUGCGCUGUGUCUGAAACGGUUUCCUUUAAUGUCUGAUAUAUUAACCUUUUUGUAGCACAAACCUGGAAUGAGGGGAUUUGAUUUAUUCCACACACAGCAUAGAUCUAGUAAAUAAGCUCAUGUUCAUUCAUGUGUGGAACAAAGUGUUGUAAUAAGAAAGUCAAUUAGUUACAUUGUAUAUAUCGUAUGAUUGUUUUACUGUCUUCAGUUUGUCACUUUGGUGAUUGCCAUCUUUUGUUGUUGUUGUUGUUGGGAGGUUAGAAUGUGUGAGCGAAGGAUCAAGUACAGAAAAUGCACAAGUAACCAUAUCGAACAUGAACAUGCAGUAAGAACCACCACUGUGCGUGUGUCCUGUGAGCUGUAAUAGAGUGACAGUACAGUCAUCCAGCUGUGCUCGCAGCCUAAAGAAAGGAAGUGUUACAGUCAGGAUGCAGCACCCUGGUCCUGUCUGUGCUGCCUUCAGACAGCAGCCUGUUCCCUGGUGUUACUCUGGUAAUAACACACAUCUAUCAGCAGCUUCUCACAGCUUUACUGUGCUCACUGCGUUUCACUUUGAAAACAGUUCGACUGGAAAGGCAGGAAGGAAAAGUGCUGCAACUGGAAGGUGGGAUCAGAUUAACAGGUUCAUGUCUGGAAAGGGUCUUUUUUUGUAUAUUUGAGAGUUUCGUGAUGAUUUCACUUCAUGUACAUGUCUUUGAGGUUGGUCAUUAAAGUAGGAUGUAUGUGAACAUGUAUAACCAAUAUUCUAUGGCUAGAUAAAUCUUUGUGCGUGUGUGAGAGAUGAACGGUUAAUGCUAAAAAGAGAAAAAUAACCCAGUUUGUGGCCACAGUAGCCAUUAGCAUCCUUAGCUUUGUCUUAUUUUCUUAAACUGAUCCGACUGAUUCCUGCGCUGGGUUGUGUUUUUUAGGCCGUGUGUUGUGUUUGCAGGUGUGGUCUCUGUGUAGUUGGCGGUGCUGUUUAAGACUCUGCAUACCUGUAAGCUGUAAUCCAAAUGACGCUUCUCUUUUAGCCUUAUACCCUGCAAAGUCCCACAGGAGCGCACCGCAAUAUUCAUGUAACACAGCACAGCUGCACCCGAGCGACACCGCAGUCGCCCCCUGUUGGCGACAGGUGGGGGCUGUUUCAUCAGGCUCGGGCUGCUGUAAGCUUCACUCAAAUCAAACAAAAUAACAAACCUUUCAGUUGGCUGAAUGUAUUUAAAUCUUCAUGUUUGAAUGCACAAAUAUUUGGUCUGUAGCAAAAAUAUGUAUUUACCAAAGACAAAGUGCUGAUUGAGCCUGCCAUGGCCUCUGUGCAGAGUUACUGGAUAAUCUGUUGUUAGAAAAUAAUAAUAAAAAACUGUUGAUUAUAUGCUUGAAUCUGAAUGUAACAGAGAUGUCCUCGCCUAAUGUGAAGCAUUUGAAUUAGUCUGAGUGUGUAUGAGAACAUGACUGUUUUAUAUCAAUGAAAAGAAAAAGAUACGUCUGAUGUCUUAAAAUAAUGUGUGCUACCCUGUGCAAUGCUUGCAUUCAGCCACAGUGCAUUAUUAUUGGCACUGUUCUGCUUUGGGGUUUAGUGUGGAAUAUAUGGCACGCUGCAGUUUGGAUCUGGGCCCCAUGUGAUGACCACCGGUACCAGUAGACCUGCUACAGCCCAGCAGCAAACAGUACAAUGUUUGAUUAAAUGUGACUGUGUAACGAUUCCAGCUUAGAUGGAAUGAAACCAGUAGAAUGUUUGUCAUCAAUAAACAGAAGAUGUGGCGAUCAGCCUUCGUGGCCUGUUGAACAGCAGUGAUGUUGGUUGGUAGUAGACUCGUUUCCGCUGUAUAAGAUCUGCACUGUCUAGAAAAGAGCUUCAUCUUUAGCCAGCACCUGUGAUGCUGUCACUCAGCCUGGCGUCUGUCCUUGCAGCUGAUGAUUGCGUCACGCAAUGCCAACCAAAAUCCUGCAGCCUUACAUUUUUAUUCAGGAGAACAAGGCGAGAUAUCUGGUUUCUGUUACAGAAGCCAGCAGCUGAUCUGCUGCGUGAGGGUUUUUAACCCUGACUGCCACACACAGGACGCACUUCGUCAUCGUACCACACUAACACACAUACAAACUUUGAUGCAUGCUUUUCUCUACACACUGUUUUACUUGUGACUUCCGAGUGUUGCGCUGUCUUUUGACAGUUGAAUGUUGCACACAGCUUGAAGUGUAAUAGUAAACUGCUUUCUCACUUAUUCUUCUGUAGCUUUCUUGCAGUUUGUUACAGCUAUUGUUACAAUUAUUAACCAAUAAAGCUUUUUCAAAAGAACAAGGAAAAGACUGGACAUCUGAAUUGUUUCUUUAUUUUUAAACGGCAUGUGAGAAGUGAGUAUGGCUCCUUGAGGAUCUUGUUUCAUUUAAAAUAUAACAAAACUCACUUUUACCAUCCAUGUUUGUCUCCUUCCUGAUUCUAUUUUUUUGUAUGUUUGUCACUGAAAUGUUUAAGAUCAACUAAUUUAAAUGUUAGACAAAGAUUUAUUGCUGAAUUGUUGUAAUUCAGCCACAUUGGAGGGUUUCAGCACCUUUUUAAGGUCACGCCGCAGCAUCUCAAUCGGAUUCAGGUCAGGAAUCCGACUGACUAGCACACACUACACCACUAAAAACUAGUUUGUUUAUUGUUCCUUUUGGCUGUGUGUCAGCUUCUUUUUUUUCUGUUGAGUUUGUUCUGAACCUUU